AUGGAGACAGAUCAUUUUUCCAGUGAGCUGGUCCUUUUCCACCCCUUCCAUGUAUUUCUGGGCGCAGAAGCUGACUUAUCAGGCCGAAAACAUAGCAAUCAUCUUGCUCCAUUGCCGGGUCCGGACGAAGUGCUGGUCCACUUGAAGUUUUCCGGCCUCUGCCACUCUUCUCUUCACACAUGGAAAGAUGGCCAUGAAGGAGUCGGUAUUGUUGCCGUUGUCGGAAAGGAGGUGAAUGAUAUUAAGUCCGGCGAUCACGUCGGAGUCCAGUGGAUUAAUGCGACCUGUGGAGUCUGUGACGCAGAUAAAAAAUCGGACUAUCUAUCGUGCCCGCAUGCCCGGAUUACCGGAUACUCGGUCGAUGGGACCUUUGGAGACUAUUGCAUCAGUCAAGCACGCCAUGUCGUGCGUAUCCCGAAACAGUAUCCCAUGGAUACAGUAGCCCCGAUUAUCUGCGCUGGAACUACGUGUUUCAGAGCUGUGCAGGAAAGCGGUGCUCAAGCGGGCAAUAUUGUGGCUGUUGUCGGACCCGGGGGCGGCAUUGGCUCGCUAGCAUGCCAAUAUGCCAGGGCCCGCGGUUGCCGCGUCCUAGCCAUUUCGACCGGCGAGGAUAGUAAGCGGAUGUACAAGGAAAAGAUCGGUGUGGACUUCUACGUGGAUUAUGAGCGAUCGAAUAAUGUUAGCCUUGAAGUUCAAACAAUCACCGGCGGUGGUCCCGAUGUUGCUCUCCUGAUCGAGAGUACGGAUACACUCCUCAAGGAGGCACUUCAGUAUAUCCGAUCCAGAGGGACCGUUGUUGUCGUGGGGUUGCCACCAGGAACCACGGUUGAUGUUGAGUUAUCGAACCUGAUGUCACGGAUGGCUCACAUCAAGGCUGCUUCUUACGGGGGAACUCGAGAGCAAAUAGAAGAGGCUAUUCACAUAUUUGUGAAGGACAGGUUUUAUCAGCCAUCACAUGUGCUGGACCUUCAUCAACUCCCUGAAGUCCUCAAAAGCAUACAGAGAUACGAUCCGAAGAAGAUGUCCGCCGAGGAAGCCUUGAGAUACGGCGUUCAGCUGCUUGGAGAAGCAAUCGUCAAGAUCCCGAACACGGAAAUUACUUCCAUCGUUCAAAAGCCUGUUCACCCGCCCAAUCCUCAGCCAACCUUCUACCAGAAAGAGUAUAAUAUUGGCACUUAUCUGGCCUACCGGAUAGAGGAGCUGGGGAUCCGCGACUAUUUCGUUGUUCCAGGCGAUUCCAAUCUGGUUCUUUUGGACAACUUGCUCAGAAACCCAAACAUUCAAAUGGUGGGGUGCUGCAACGAGCUAAACGCCGGCUAUGCGGCAGAUGGGUAUGCUCGUAACUCGGCCACCAAGGUCGCAGUUGUCGUGGUGCCUUAUAUUGUUGGCAGUUUAUCGAUUCUCAAUGCGAUAUCGGGCGCCUGUUCCCAGAAGCUGAGGGUAAUUGUGCUCGCCGGGUGCCCAAGCACUAACUUGCUUGCCAGUGACAAGUUCUUGCACCACGCCCCUACCUCAUCCAACAGAGACCAAGGUCUUCAUGCCUACCAGGGAGUCACCGCUGCAUCUGUCCGGCUCGAGUCUGCAGAGACUGCCGCUGAUGUUAUGGAUGACACAAUAGUCAAAUGUCUUGAAUCGUCCCUCCCUGUCUACAUUGAAGUUCCCAAUGACCUUGUCAGCGCUACGUGCGUUAAACCAUCGCCAUUGAAAAGAAAACUAGACACUUCCUGUCAGCCGGGGUUUAUAGAGGAGGCUUUGGAAGCAAUCACCGACCUUUGGAGCUCCUCUAGCAAGCCUGUCCUUCUGCUCGGGAGCCUUGCGCGUCGGUGUCUCUCGCAUGACCAGAUCGAGCUUCUUGCAGACAAGCUCGGUUGUGCCGUACUCUGUCAGCCAGAUGGGCGCUGCAUGACCGAAUGCCAUCCGCAAUACUGCGGCCAGUUCUGGUCCGGCAUGACGAAUGCAGAGGGCGAGCGCGUUGUCAUGAACUCGGAUCUUUGGCUCGUUAUAGGUGGCAACUGGUCUGAUCUUCAUGCCCUUUUAAUCGACAUCAAUCAAGAAAGACACCGCAUGAUCAGCGUGGAUAAGGAGUGGGUCGAGCUCCCUGGCGGCAAAUGCAUCGAGCCAGUGGAUAUCUCUACGUUAGUGUCGCGGCUCAUCCAGUCCGGUAUGGACUCGAAGAGUCUGUCUGUCCCCCGACCCAAGCCAGUCCUGGGGGCACCAACCCUGGAUGGGCCUGAGAUUCCAGACGCACCGGUGACGAUCAAAAGCGCCAUGACUGGUAUUCAGAAGCUCCUCAAGGAGUACGACACGUUGAUCUGCGACGCGGGCGAGUCUUGGUUUAUCGCAAACCAUAUUCUGCUUCCCCCUGGUGCAGACUGUCAGAUGCAGUUCCCAUACUGCUCAAUUGGAUGGGGAUUACCAGCUGGUUUGGGCUCUCAGCUCGCUCGCACGCAGGGCAGAGCGGUCAUUAUGAUCGGCGAUGGAGGCUUCCAAAUGACAGCACAGGAGCUCAGUACGAUGAUUCGUCGGAAGGCCAAUCCCAUAGUACUGGUUUUCAACAAUCUUGGGUAUAAGAUCGAGACCUCGCUUACCGUGAGACAGACUGCCGUGCAUGAGGGACCGUACAACUACAUUGCCAACUGGGACUACACCAAACUAGCCACCUCCUUUUCCACCCCGGCUCAUGCUUCCUCCCAUAACCCCUAUGCCAGAAAGACGGAUGAGGUCUUGGAGGCCGAACCAGCCAUGUUCGCGAGGAAGAUCAAGACACAGGGUGAGCUCGCACAAGCUCUCCAGAGAGCUGAAGAAGAGCCCGACAAGCUCGCUUUCCUGGAGCUAUGCACUCAGCCGGACGACUUGACGGACGAGCUCCAGCAUCUUGGCAGCAUGGUUUCGAAGACAUACACCGAACAACCUACCGAGUCCUUCGACUCCUCCACCAACGAG